AUGAAGUUCUCAACUGCUACAUUAAUUGCUGUGUUGUCAUCGAUCUUGUCAGUCGAGGCAUCCUGUUCAUACGAUGGUGGUAACUACUACUGUUCAGAAACUACCAAAGUCGUCUACAAAGGUAUUGGUUUCUCUGGAAGUUAUCAAGAUGUCACCAAUAUGGAUGAAAGUAGUGGUUCUUGUACCCAGCAAUCAUACUCCUUUUCAGGCAACUUGAGUCCUCUUGAUGAGGAGUUGUCAGUUCAUUUCAGAGGUCCUUUGAAAUUGUUACAAUUUGGUGUUUACUACCCAAGUGGAUCCAAUAGUAAAGCCAAGAGAGAAGUUGAGGAUUGCAAUACUCAACAUAUCCAUCAUAAACAUAAGAGAGCCACUGAAGUUGUUCAAGUUACUCAAACUGUUUUGGUUGAUGGAAAUGGAAACACAGUAACUUCACAAACUACUGAAACAGCCACUGUUGAUGAUAAUGCACAACAACAACAAGACACUUCUUCUUCUUCUUCUUCUUCUGCUGCUGCUGCUGGUACCACUUCCAUUACCAAUUUAGCUGGUCAAGGAAAAGCUUACAGAUCAAUCUCAACUUCAUCUGCACCAACCACCACCUCAUCAGAUUCUUCAUCUUCAGAAACUGCUUCAGCUGAUGGUGCAUGGGAAAGAGACACUUACUACACCCCAGGAAAUGCUGACAACUGUGUCUUUUUGAACUACUACGGUGGCUCAGGAUCUGGAGUCUGGUCAUCCAAGUUUGGAAACUCAUUAUCUUAUGCUAACUCAGACAAUUCUGGUGGUUCGUCAAGUGCCGUUGCUUUAGAAGAAGUUACUAUUGGAUCAAACACUGAAUUUGUUGUCAUGUCAGGCCAAGAAUGUUCAGGAAACUCUUGUGGGUACUACAGGGACGGAACUGUUGCUUACCACGGUUUUAAUGGUAGUGAAAAGAUUUUCAUUUUCGAAUUUGAAAUGCCAAGUGAUGGUUCUUCUGGAUUCAAUGCUGAUAUGCCAGCUGUUUGGUUGUUGAAUGCCAAGAUUCCAAGAACUUUACAAUAUGGUGAUUCUUCUUGUUCAUGUUGGAAAACUGGUUGUGGUGAAUUAGAUUUAUUUGAAAUCUUGUCAUCUGGUUCUGACAAAUUGAUUAGUCAUUUGCAUGAUGGUCAAGGUGCUUCAUCAAACACCAACAAUGGUGGUGGUGGAUCCCAAGAUUAUUUCGCCAGACCAACCAGUGGAUCCUUAAAAGCAGCUGUCAUCUUCACUAGUAAUGAAAUUCAUAUUGUUCAAGUUGAUGAUUCAACCGACUUUGGUUCCAGUUUGGAUGAAGAUACUGUCAACUCCUGGUUACAACAAUCAGGUUCAGCAGCCACCAUCGGUUACUAG